AAGCUUGCUCUGUGCUAGAAAGUUACCUUUUCAUCCGAUUACAGGACUGCCUCAAGCGGUUUUCCAAACAUAUCCAGGAGAAGCAAAGUCAAAUGGUUUUUAUGCUACCGUCUUCGACCCAAUAACUACACUCAAACACCUCAAGAAUGAUCUGCCAGCGCUGCCGAACCAGCCUCCUUUCUCGGCUGCAACCGCAACACACGGUUGCUUUUUCUGCCUCAUUAUGCGCACGCCAGCUGCCAAUUCACCGGAGUCAAUUUCGGAACUACAGUGAUGGCAAGCCUACAGUAUCCGCCACGCCACCUUCUUCAGUUCCCCGCCAGCCUGUCGCAUCGGAUAUCACGAUCCCGUCGGCAAUCUCAUCAGCGACUCCUGGCGUGUCCCAACCACUCAGCACACCGGAAGAAGUUCAUAUUGAUGCUCCUACGAAGCCUACGAAGGCUGCCGCGGAGCGCCCGCCAAGCUCCUGCCCUGCUGGAACGAAGUUGAACGGUCUCAACUACUUCAAGAAUAAGCCUGACGUCGUCGCUUUGGAAGACUCUGAAUACCCGGAGUGGCUGUGGUCGUUGUUAGACGAUGCUAAGAAGCAAUCAAAAUCUGAGGGCGGAGUGGAUCCGAGCACCUUGAACAAGAAGCAACGCAAGCGUUAUGAGAAGAAAAUGGCUGCUCGUGCCGCAACCCUCCCUCCUAAGAUCCCUGUUCAUCACCAUGCUACUGAUAUUACUCCUGCUCCAUACAACCGCGGUGACCAAGCGACCGACGAUCUCCUGGCUGAGGCCGCCGAGAGUCUUGAGAAGCGCUCCGAGAUCACAAAGAGCGCGAGAGAGGCUCGGAGAAAGGCCAUUAGAGAGGCCAACUUCCUCCGCGGUCUCUAAUCUUUUGGGAAGCCUUGACCAUGUUUGGUGCCGACUUGCCCCGCUUUUAUGGUGUUUCCAACAGGGUUACCCGUGUACAAUUGUGUUGACUGAUAUUGAUGUAAAGGCCCCAUUCGGGAUAUUUCAGAUGUAUUUUAUGGAACUUUGUAUUCAUCUUACUUAUAAUUCCCAGGCAAAGCGCUAAAUGAAACUUGCUGUUCUAUCCG